AUGGUAUCCUAUGAAUAUUGUCCCAGUCUUGUUGAAGCAGUCAAACACAAUGAUAUUAGAGCCGUUAACCAACAUUUGCAAAUGCGUGCUUCACCAAACGCUCGAGAUCAAGUAACAAAGAAGACCGUACUCAUGAUCGCCGCAGAAAGGGGACACAUUGAAAUUGUCAGAAAGCUACUAGAAAACUGGGCAUUUAUAGACCUGACAGAUCGUGAAGAGAAUAUGGCAAUCCACUGGGCUGCAUAUGGUGGAGCCUUGCAAUGCUUACAGUUUCUGAUCGAAAAGGGAAGUAUAGUGGACGUUUUAAACGCCAAUAAAUACACUCCUCUCAUGUUGGCAAUUUCGAAGGGGCAUCGUCAUGUCACUUCAUUCUUAAUUGGCCGUGAUCCCUUCUUAAUACGGGGUCUGAAUGAACAUGAAGAAUCCGAGUUUAUUCUCGCCACUACACGAAAUGACCUGGAAAUAGCAAGAUUGAUCUUCCAAACCGAUGUUCCUGGCAUUGAUAAAAAGAAGGAACUCCAAGUGACUUUACAGCAGGCCGCAUUGAAAAAGGAUAAAGCAGCUUUGACCUUUUUGAUUGGUAUGGGAGCAAAUGUCAACAAUUCCACAGAGGGAGAAGAUCCUGUCAUGUUCAGUGCCGUUUACGCCAAAGAUGCAGAUUUAGUGCUAUUUUUUAUUCAAAACGGAGCUAAUGUCAAUUCUCGAGACAGAAAUGGCCAAACUCCAUUGAUAUUGGCAAUCAAUUUAGGUCUUGAAGAUAUCGUCCAUGUUUUAAUUUCCCAUGGUGCUGAAGUUUCAGCAGACGCCCUUAAUCUCGCCCAUUCUCAAGGUCCUUCAAACAUUCUUAAUGUACUCAAGAAAGCAGGAGAAUGA